UCGCUGCCUGGCGGUCGCGAGUACACUUCGAGUUCUUCCGCCCACAUGUGUGUAUGUGCGCCUGCUUCGCCGCGAGGAGACAGUCAGAUCACGGAGAACAAGAGGCAGCAUCUCACGAUCCUGCAAUCAGGAGACUGAGCCGGCAGAGAUCCACAGAAGCGGAAGCGCGUAAAAUCAGAUCUCCAAAAUCUUUCCGACAUGGUCGUGCCUACAGACCAUGAACUGCAUGAAGCAAUUCAAGUUGCGCCAUUGAUACUUUCCGACGAUGUCAGACGACAAAAAAUCGAUAAUCACAUGGAAAAGAUGCGGUUUUCCGCGGCGACGGUCAGGAGGAUACAAGACGUUUUCAUUUCGCAAAUGAACAAGGGAAUUCACCAGCAACCGUCCUCGUUGCAAAUGGAAAACACUUACGUGCCGGAACUGCUCGAUGGAACAGAGGAAGGUCUCUAUCUGGCACUCGAUCUCGGUGGCACCAACUUCCGGGUACUCCUGCUGGAGUUGGCUCACGGUGCACCUAUUCGACAGGAAGUAAAGCGAUAUUCCAUCGGGGCCGAGUUAAAGGUCGGUUCGGCCAUUCCUCUGUUUGACUAUCUGGCCGAGUGUGUCAGUGAUUUCGUCACCGCUCAGGGGCUUCAGGACAUAGAGCUUCCACUCGGUUUCACAUUCUCGUUCCCGAUAAUCCAACAUUCCCUGGACGUUGGUGUUUUGGUGACAUGGACCAAGACUUUUAAUUGUCCUGACGCUGUCAACAAAGACGUGGUGAGGCUCCUGAGAGAGGCUCUGGACCGGCGAGGCGACACGAAGGUGAAGGUCGUCGCGGUAUUGAACGACACCACGGGUACUCUGGUGCAGGGCUCGACGUUGGACCACGAAACGGCUAUCGGACUUAUACUUGGAACCGGCAGCAACGCCUGCUACUUGGAACAAGCCGAUCGGGUUAAGCACUGGGAACCCGAGAGACACGGCGAGAGAGAAGUCAUCAUCGAUAUCGAAUGGGGCGCCUUCGGAGAUAACGGUGUUUUGGAUUUCAUCAAGACGGAUUUCGAUCGCGAGAACGACGCCAAUUCCCUUAUCGUGAAUUCAUUCACAUUUGAAAAGUACAUUGCUGGCAAAUAUCUCGGUGAAGUGGUGCGUGUGAUACUUGUGAAGUUGACCAAAGAGGGGCUUUUGUUUGUAGAAGAAAAUGCAUUACACAGUCUGCUAACGCCUGGCAAUCUUACCACCGAUCUGGUGUCACACAUCGAGGAGGAUUCAGUAAACGGUAAUAACGGCAACACGAAGGAGGUUCUCGGUAAAUUUGGCAUUGUUCCGGAUGAAAACGACAUCAAAAUUGUUCAAUACGUGUGUGAGGUCGCUUCCAACCGCGCGGCUCUUCUGGUGUCGAUAUGUCUCGCGACUCUGCUGGAUCGUAUCGAUAAGGAACAAGUAACGAUCGCUGUGGACGGAUCUCUCUAUAAGCAUCAUCCUCGGUUAGAGGGCUGGAUAAAACGAUACAUCUCACUUCUCACUUCCCCUGGACGAAAGUUUAAAUUAAUUCACGCGGAAGAUGGAAGCGGCAAAGGCGCUGCGUUCGUGGCUGCUAUCGCGCAAAGGCUUAAGAAACGACUACAAUAACAACGAACACACUAGGAGAAUCUUAUUGUCGCAGUCCUUGUUAUCGAGGCACACCAUGCAAGUCCACGAUAGUCAUAGAAAUAUUCUGCAGCAUAUCCUAAUUCAUUAACGUUGUAGUUUGUCGUCAGUACCUCUGAAUAUUAAGUAUUGAUGUACGCGAUUACAUCCGCGUUAAGUUGCGAUUCAUUACAUAAGUUUCGACUAAAAUGAGUUUAAACGUUUUAAAAACUUACAUCAAAAUGCGUUUAUAUUGGCCCUGCGAUGACAUGGAAACGUCAAAAGAUACCGGUCGAACUGGCAUAGAAAACGCGUAUGCGUGUGCUAUUUUAGGAAAUUAAAUACACUUUCGUUAAAGGCGAGGAAGAGUUGCGAAAUGGAUUACUGAGGGAGCAAAAUACAAAGUAAAAUAUUUAUUGAAUGAACUUGUCAAUGGAUACAUGUGCAUUUGCGAAGUAAGAAGUUGUUGCGUGUUGUAAACGUUGGGGACGUUCUAUUUUGUACGAGAGAAAGUCAAUUGUUAUAAUAAAAGAUUAGUAAAACAAUGAGUUA